UAAUUAACGGCAGCACGUGAAACUUUGUGGAGAACCGCGAGAAAGAAGAGUGCAUACGUUAAACGUUAUGAAUAAUGUGGCAAAAAAGAGCGUCAAAAUUUUCACGUAAAACCCACUUAUCUUACUUUUUACACGAAUGAAAAAGUAAAAAUAAGUUACCAUGGUAAUUAUCACUACUUUUUAACGUUUGCGUGAAGGGUCUAACUUAUAAUUAGCCGCAAUUAAAUCAAUAAUUUAAUAUCUAUUCAGACUAACCAUUUAAUUGAAAGAUCUCUAUUCACUUUACCACUUUAAAAAGUAGAAACAAAACUAUAUAUAUAUAGAUUGUAUGCUAUCAUUAUUUUAAACGUUGAUGAAAAAAAAGACUAUCUAUGAUUUCAAACAAAAUAAAGAAUGAUUGGUACCAACAGAAGAUGGAUAUUAAUUUGCUCACUCUUCACAUAACUAUCCUUCUACUUUUAUCUACCUUCACAUGUGCAGCUCGUCUUACUAAAGAAGGUAAAGCACGACCUCAGCAAGCUCUUGUUCUAUGUGGCGACUCAUUCGUCAAAGCAUGGAUACGAGUAUGCAAGCUAAAACAUCAAAGCCAACGAGGAAGGAAGAAAAGGAAUAUAUAUAAUAUCCAAGAACUAGUCAAACCACGUGCAAUUGAUCUAAUUGGUUCAGAUACAGCCAAUCAAUUUCUUAAUACAUUGCACAGAAAACGAAGACAAAUUACUGGUGAAACAGACAACCCAUCUGAGGAGUGUUGCCAUGAAACUUGCACUUUUAAAGAAAUAUUGGAAUACAAGUGUUAGCCAAAAACUAUGAUAGAGGCGUUGACCAUACUCGAGCGAGAGCCCGUUUUACUGAAGCCGUCCAAAUGAUGGACAUCUAUUAGCAUAAAGAAAGGUAAUUGUGAUGGUGGAACAAAAUAACAAUUGACAUUUUUUGUGCAGUGUAUAAGGAAAGGAGUGAGGAUUUCGAAUUUUUUGUAACUAUAGUAACUAAUGAUAACAUGACCCUGGUUAAAAGGUAAACUGAGUAAUGCUUAUUUCUGUCGCCUUGGUGACUAUAUAAUAAUUUUCUUUCUUAAUUUGCGUCUUAAUUCUUAACACUACUUAAUACAUGCUAGUAAACUGAUUUACCUCUUCUCUUAAUGUGUUUGUAUAUUACCUACUGCUGUAGAAUUUCUUGAUAUUUUAUUUAAAGCAAUGUUGAACAUGGUAUUUAUUAUUUAUUUAUAUUAAAUAAGUUAGCAUUUUGUAAUUGCUGGAGUUCACCAUCUUCAAUAUUUGAAGGAGUUCAAGUAAGUUAUGUUACAUCAUGGCAACAUAACAGAUGAAAUAAUAUUUGACGAGUUUUUCCACUUAUUUAUUAGGAUAAAUAUAUCAUUAGUUUAAAAAAGUCUUGUUUUGUGUUUAUUUUGCUUUUUGGAUAAUGUAAGUGUUGAAUUUAAAACGAAUCAGAAAAAUUCAACUAUUAAAUAAUUCCAGUAAAGUAAAAGAAAUGUUUUAUUUUG